UAAGAAAAGAACCAAAAAAACAAUUUUCAUCAUGACUGACGGAAUUUCACUUGAAAAAUUCUCUUCCUUUGCUGACCUCUGUGAUUUUACAUUCAUUGUAAAUGGAAAAGCAUUUCGAGUUCAUCGCAUCGUUUUUGCUGCACAAAGCCCAAUAUUUGCCAAAAUUAUUACGAACAAUCAGAAUGAAGCUGUGAUUGAAGACAUGAACGAGGACACUUUCGAUGAAGUCAAAAAGUAUUUGUAUUCAGGAAAGGUUCACGUGACUGAUAAGAAUGAUAGAAGUCUAUUGACAGCAGGAGAGAGAUUUGAACUGAAGGAAAUUGUCGCGGCAGUUCAAUUGUUUAGAAAUUGUCGAAUGGAACCAAUGAAAGCUAAGGAACUCGAACAAUUGAAAAUUAAAUUUGACGAAGCUAAGUACCUGUAUAAAAUGACAAGAGAUAGAUAUUCGACCAGAAAUCCAUUCUCUCAGCUACCAAGUCGAUUCUAUUAA